AUGGACGACCUGACAACCGAAUGUCGGCCUGCGAAACCCAGAAUCAGACAAUCAAUUGCUCAUAUACCAUCCUCCAAGUCGCCGGCAUUCAAGGACAAUGCGACCACAGACAUAGCUGCCCUACAGGCUGAGCAUGGCAAAAACCUGGCGGCGAAGAAGAAGUCGCGAGGGAAAAGUAUUGGCCCAGGGGGGCUGGAGGCAUUGACAGAGACAUCCGCAAAUUCUGUAAAGAUAUCUACCCCGUUUCAGAUCAAGUCUAUCCUCAAACCCGCGAUCCCACUCACUCCCCCGAAAGUGAUCCCAACUUUUGAUGAAUUGAGAAAGCGAAGCACUGGCAAGGCCAAGUCACCCAACAAGCAGAAUGCUGAAGAGCUUCUGAUAGACUUCUCCACCCCUGGGCCCAACACACAGAACGGAGCGGAUCUUUCGAUUUCCGGUACAGAGGAUGUCUCGGAUCCUUUCAGCCCGAUUGCGCGAAAGUCGCCUGCGAAGGAUGGAGCGAGCAGUAGCGACCUCGAGCGAGAGAAGGACGCAGAACGAAAACAUCAGGAGGAAAAAAAGGCAAUACUUGAGCGAAGAGCAGCAAGACGGAAGUCGCUCGCUAAUCGUAGGGUGUCCUUUGCGCCAGAAGCAACCCUCCACACGUGGAGUGUCAUGGAGGUCGCAGAGGAUUCCACAACCAGUUCUGCUUCGAAUUCAACCCGGAGACAAUCAUCUAUAACUGUGUCACAGUCGCCUACGAAACCAGAGGCAUCGUCUGGAACUCCACAAACAGCCUCGGCACAAGAUGGACUGGUUGAAGACCCGCUAGUCAAAGAAUCUCCCGCGCAUCAAAAAGCACGGCGGAGAAGGAGCUCCGGUCUUCCGGGUCCUAUGUUGGAUGCUUCACAAGACGAUGUCUUCUCUUCCAGCCCAUCCGGGGAUAUCACAACAAACAGUAGCCCUAUACGAGUUGAGGAGGGCAUAGAGUCUUCCGAUGAAUCGGAUACCGAUGGUGACACUGCAAUGAGCAUGGACGAAACCACGUCUCAUACAGUGACUUCCCAGGAAUCUGGAUCUAGUACUCAUUCUAGCCUUGAAGAACGACUACGCCAAGCCGCAAGUCAAGCCGGCACCCGUGGGAUUGACUAUGAUGAGAACGGAGAAGAACUGUCUAUGGAAUUGGUGACUGGGACCGUAACGCAUGCCUUUCAACCUCGGGCACGCAAUCGUGAGAUUGGCUUCGAAAAUAGCGCACUUCAUGAUCAGGAAACUGGGGAACCAUUGUCGUCGUCUCGUCAAUCACCGCCUCUCCAGCCUGUGGAGGAUGAGGACGUGGAAGAACAAGAUUUGGAUCAGACUGAAGAAAUGAGUAUGGAAGUGACUAAAGCGGUCGGCGGGAUUGUCUCCAAACAGUCUCCACAAACUAAAAGCCGGAAGUCGCCAGCACCACGCCGCAGAAGCAGUAUUCGACGCCGUCGUUCAUCAGGGGCUGAGUCCGCGUUAGACAACACCAUGGAGUUCACGGUAAUGCAAGGAGGUAUUAUCGACCAUGAGACUGAGGAAGUCACUAGCAACCUGACAAUGGCUCAAGCGGCUGAUGACGGGAUGACUAUGGAAUUCACCAGCGCAGUAGGUGGGAUUCUGGGAAGCUCAAAUCGCAGAACAUCUACUGCAUCAGACCAGAUGGAAGAAAAUGAUAGCAUGGAUAUGACAGCUGCGGUUGGCGGAAUUCUGCCGCCAAUUGAGGAGCAGACUGAACCACAAACUGACGUGGAUGAGGACCAAACUUCUGCUAUGGAGCUAACCAGAGCUGUGGGAUCUAUUAUUCAGCAAUCUUCAAGAAGGCACAGCACAACUCGAGGAUCCUCAGGUGUCCGCCCCGACAUAGGUACUGAUGCACCUUCUCCUUAUCAUGCGCAACCAGUUGCUGAUCAAAGUACGACCCCAAAAUCGACUCCCAAGCCUUUACAAGUUGCGUCUGUUGCUUCCGAAACAGGCAGCCCCAGCUUAGCACUGAAACCGAGACUAUCAAGCAGGGCGCAAAAAAAGUCUGCUUCCAUGAUAUCAACGACGCCACCUUCGAAAGCUAAGAGUCUUUCUUCGGUCAAGUCAGUAAGGGGAACGCCAGGUGGCACACCCUUAAAGCAGAUGACUCCACUUCCAUAUCGUGCGGAGACUCCCAACAAGACACCUCUACGUACCAAUAUGAUUGAAAAGAGUGCGUCGCCAAAGAAGCUUUUCAAAGCAGAACUCCAAGCCAGAGCCUCACCACGGUCGAUCAAGCGCGAAUCAGCUGUCAAAGCGGCUUCUCUUUUCUCCCGAGAUGCGGAGACUGGUCAGCAAACUCCUAGUGUUAUCCUUCGUGCCACUAGACAAGGUCUUGCUCGUCGCAAGUCAAGCGGUAUAGGGAUAGAUAAAGAAGGGGUUGGGUCUCCUCGCAUCUCUGAGCUACUGGACCGUAGGUCUUCAAUUGGUGAUGCAGUCCCUCAAUUCAAAUUGGGCGUCACUGAUGCACCAGGCACUCGCUCUGAAGAUCCCCAGCAACUAGCGCAAGAGGUGGAAGCAGACCGUGUCGAGGAAUAUCGCCGUGAAAGUGGCCGUUUCAUCAUGGAACAAGAAGCCGACGAGCGAGUGGGAGAUAACAGCACCUUGCAGCUCAAGGAUAUGAUUGAAGCAAUGUCCCCUAAAAAGCCAAAGGCUGGAAAGAUGAGAGGUCGUAAGAGUCUCGCUGUUGGUGGCGCGAAAGGUCUUCUAGGGAAGAGGCCUGCAGAGCUUGAUCUAGAUGAGGAAGAUGAAGACGAAGCAGAACCAACACCAAAACGCUUGAAAGCAGUGUCUAGGGAGGUCAGCCCCGUGAAACAAGUCCACUUGCCCAAGCCCCCCAGCAAAGACGAAACUACAGGUAGGCUCAGUGCGAAGCUGCAAAAUUCGCUACCAGGUUUUGCCAGCAAUAGCAAGGCAACACCGAAAAUUGGAUCUUCAUCGCCCGUCGAAACGGCCGCCCCCAGCAGUCCGUCCACAACAGGACGAUACAGAGAUAUACGCAUUGACGCAGAUGCGAGACCAACAUCAUUCGAAGACAAGCUUGAUAAUGUUGUUGGUGCAAUUGAUAUGUCAACUGCCCAGAUGCUUGAGCAAGCCAAUAUUCCUGAUGAGCCAAAGAUUUCGUUGCAAGAAUUCCUCAAUAUGACCAAUAUUCAUUUCAUUGAAUUAUCAACAACCAAGAGGAGACAUACAAUGGCCCAAACUCUACCAAACAGAAAAUCUCAGGAAAGCGUUCAUGAUAACACGCUGGAAGAGACGUUCGUCGCAGCCGCCACGACUCUUCCCCUUCUUGAGCUGUAUCAACACUCUACUCGAGAACUCAAGUCAUACAUCUCAACAGGGCGGAAAAUCGUUCGAUCAAUUGAAGCUGAGACGUUAGCUGAGCAACCACCUCUAUUCCGCGAAUACAUCGACGCUCGACCGGAUGUGAAGCUAGUUAUGGACAACCAAUUCCGGAAUGGCAAGGCCAAUGCGCGUCUCCAGAGCAAGGAAGGCUGGUAUCGGUGGCGGAGCCAACUAGUCGACGGCCUGAAAACUGGGUUGCAAAGCAUCAACGGCAAUUUAUCCCAUGACCUUGAAAUCCUCGAUAAUCAACAGCAUAUGCUUGACAGUGUUAUCCCCGGGUUGCUACAGCAGCAGACAGCGCUGCAAAAGCUGCAGCCAUCACUGCAGCAAAGCAUUGAAGAAUUGGACAGCAUUGAUCACGAAACGCUGAAAAAAUACCGACAAGAAUUACAAGCUGCUGACGAAUAUUUUCUCCAGCGAACAGCGCUGCUAAGUUCUCUCCAGGAGCAGAUGGCUGAGAAGGAAGAGACACUGGCCGCCGCCGCCGAGCUCCAGGUAGAGAUAAGAGAUCAAAUCGAAGAAGCUGACCGAGUUAGAGAAGAGCACAAAGGCUGGUCAAGCGCCGAUGUUCUGGCCCUCAAGAUGAAAGUAGAGCAGAUCCAGAAUGAAACUGGUUGGCGACUGAUCUCAGCCGAGGAGGAGGCUGACGAGCCGAACGAGUUCGGUACAGCACUCACAAUGAUGUACAAGAACGAACUGCGCCUCUUCAUGUACCCUCAAGUCUACCAAGCGACACAUCCUACUCGGCGAAGAUCAGGAAGGAGAUCAGCAUCAACGUCGGGACCUUCCGCCCCGAUAAGUCUAACAUUUGCGCCGGCAAUUGAUAAUGAUGCGGAAUUUCCAGUGCCCGAGCUCUCCACUGAAAGACGCUUUUUCCUACAAUUGAUCAGAAGUCAGCUUCAUGCGUUCUCCAUGAUGCCAAAUGGUUCCAUUCCUCCCAAAUCCUUGCUCUCUACAGUUUCGCAAGGGUGGAAUCUAGCUGCCAGAAUCAGUCAGGAGCUACGGCUUCUAAAUAUGGUCGGAAUCACAACAGCAUCAAUACUGGGUGAUGAGAAGCUGGGAGUGAAAGUUAUGCUAAUUCUUCCGAAACAGGGAAGGGUAGACAUUGAGUUUGCUGUAUCUGUGACGAUCCUUACCGAUGGCAAUAUUGGCGCCAAUACUAUUGUGACUGCAACUGCACUAUAUGGGGAUGCCACGGAUUGUCUAACAGGUUCCAAGUCCAGAAAAGUGCAGCAAGCGCUGAGCAAGGAGAUCGAAAGCAGACAUCUCGGUAAUGGAGCUUGGGUAAAUGCUGUGCAUGGGUUUGAAGCAUGGCUAGCUGCACAGCAGAGGCCAAAACAGGAAGCGAAGCAGCAGGAAGAAGCAGCACCAGUGCCAGCUGCUCAAGCUCCUCCUCCACCGGCUGCUACAUCAACAGUCACGGUCCCAGUACCUUCCAGUAAGCGCUCUCCGCUCGCCCCAAAGAAGGCGAACGUGCUACAGAAGAAAGCUCUUCCUGUACCAAAGCAGCGCCUUGAAAAGAACAAUUUUCAUCUUAGCACCAGUUCGCUACCAGGUACUACUGUGCAUGAGAAGGAGAAUUUCAAUCCCUCGCUAUCUAUGAGCAAGGCAGUGUUCGACACCAGCCAUCAGGAGCCAGCAAUCCCGCCUGAGAUGCAGGAGGUUAUGAUGCACACGCCUAUUAAGCGUGUAGGAGCAUUGAGGAGGAGCCCGAUUUAG